GCAAAUUCAAGCCCAAGCUCAUUGGACCAUAUCAAACAAUGUUGGUUCGAUCUCACGCUUUGUGAACAGCCAUUCCCCACGGCUCGGUUGCAAUUCACCGACCGCGAAUAAACCGAGACGAACCGAACCGGGUGCCCAUCUACACAAAUUGGCCGACCGACGUCCGACGACAUUGCCUGUUUAUUGGACGUAAAAACAUUGCAUCUACUAAACUUCAUGACUCGAUCGUUCCCAGCCCAAAGCAAAAGCAUGAAGGCAUCUACAUUGGAGAGAUGGAAUGGGCGGAGGGUGAGUUGGGUGAGUUCUUCUUCCAUAGUUGGUUUGAUUUUUUUUGGGCUUAAGGUGUUUGAUGUAAUGUGGAAGAAAAAUUAUUUUGGGUGUCAAUGAAUUGAGGAAGUUUUCGACACAUUCAUGCCAGUCCCGGUGCGUUUCAGGACUCUGUUGCAUCAUCGUCAUGUAAAAAAACCCAAGCAAAUGACCACCAUUGCCGCUACUUCCUCAGCUUUAAAGUCGUUCUCUCCACCCACCCACCCUCUAAUCUCUCUUCUCGAGACCUGCGAAUCCAUGGACCAGCUUCAGCAAGUCCAUUGUCAAGCAAUUAAAAAAGGUCUCAAUGCUAACCCAGUUCUGCAAAACAGAGUCAUGACCUUUUGUUGUACUCAUGAAUAUGGUGACUUUCAAUAUGCACGUCGCCUGUUUGAUGAAAUUCCCGAACCCAAUUUGUUCAUCUGGAACACAAUGAUUAGGGGCUACUCCCGGUUGGAUUUUCCUCAGCUUGGAGUUUCUUUGUAUUUGGAGAUGUUGAGGAGAGGUGUUAAGCCUGAUCGUUACACCUUUCCGUUCCUGUUCAAAGGAUUUACAAGAGACAUUGCAUUGGAAUAUGGAAGACAGCUUCAUGGCCAUGUUUUAAAGCAUGGGCUUCAGUAUAAUGUCUUUGUUCACACUGCUUUGGUACAAAUGUAUCUUUUGUGUGGCCAACUUGAUACGGCUCGUGGGGUUUUCGAUGUUUGUCCCAAAGCUGAUGUGAUUACUUGGAACAUGAUAAUUUCUGCUUACAAUAAAGUUGGUAAGUUUGAGGAAUCAAGAAGACUUUUUCUUGUUAUGGAGGAUAAACAAGUGCUGCCCACCACGGUGACCCUUGUUUUAGUGCUGUCGGCUUGCUCCAAAUUGAAAGAUUUAAGAACUGGGAAGAAGGUUCAUAGUUAUGUGAAGAACUGCAAGGUUGAGAGCAAUUUGGUUCUUGAAAAUGCUAUGAUUGAUAUGUAUGCUGACUGUGGGGAAAUGGAUUCUGCCCUUGGGAUUUUCAGGAGUAUGAAUAACAGAGAUAUCAUUUCUUGGACGACAAUUGUAUCUGGGUUUACCAACUUGGGAGAAAUUGAUGUUGCUCGUAACUACUUCGACAAGAUGCCAGAGAAAGACUAUGUUUCAUGGACUGCCAUGAUCGAUGGAUAUAUCCGUUCAAACCGAUUCAAAGAAGCAUUGGAACUGUUCCGCAAUAUGCAAGCAACCAAUGUAAAGCCUGAUGAGUUCACUAUGGUCAGCGUUCUAACUGCUUGUGCACAUUUAGGGGCCCUAGAGUUAGGAGAAUGGAUAAGAACUUACAUCGACCGGAACAAGAUCAAGAAUGACCUAUUUGUUAGAAAUGCUUUGAUAGACAUGUACUUUAAGUGUGGAGAUGUUGACAAAGCAGAAAGUAUAUUCAGAGAGAUGAGCCAGAGAGACAAGUUUACAUGGACAGCCAUGAUAGUUGGCCUUGCAGUCAAUGGCCAUGGUGAGAAAGCUCUUGACAUGUUUUCUAACAUGCUAAAAGCUUCAAUUUUGCCAGAUGAGAUUACUUACAUUGGUGUUCUUUCUGCUUGCACUCACACUGGCCUGGUAGACAAAGGUCGUAAGUAUUUUCUUAGGAUGACAUCCCAACACGGUAUUGAACCCAAUAUAGCACACUAUGGUUGUCUGGUUGAUCUUCUUGCUAGAGCUGGUCGUCUAAAAGAAGCCUAUGAAGUCAUCGAGAACAUGCCAAUAAAAGCCAAUUCCAUUGUCUGGGGAGCUCUUCUAGCUGGUUGUAGAGUUUAUAGAGAAUCCGAUAUGGCUGAAAUGGUUGUGAAGCAGAUUCUUGAGUUGGAGCCUGACAAUGGUGCUGUCUAUGUUCUCCUGUGUAAUAUAUAUGCAGCAUGCAAAAGAUGGAAUGACCUGCGAGAAUUGAGACAGAUGAUGAUGGACAAAGGAAUAAAAAAAACACCCGGUUGCAGUUUGAUAGAGAUGAAUGGCAGGGUUCACGAAUUUGUAGCUGGAGACCGAUCACACCCUCAAACUAAAAAUAUUGAUGCCAAGUUGGAUAAAAUGACCCAAGACCUGAAACUUGCAGGAUAUUCACCUGAUAUCUCAGAAGUGUUCCUUGACAUAGCAGAAGAGGAUAAAGAGAACUCAGUCUUUCGUCAUAGUGAGAAAUUGGCCAUUGCUUUUGGACUCAUUAAUUCCCCGCCUGGGGUCACAAUUAGAAUCACAAAGAACCUUCGAAUGUGCAUGGAUUGUCACAAUAUGGCAAAGUUAGUCUCAAAGGUGUAUAAUAGAGAAGUAAUUGUUAGGGACAGAACCAGAUUCCACCAUUUCAAACAUGGUUUAUGUUCGUGUAAAGAUUACUGGUGAUGGCCUUGAAUUCUUAAAUCAAUAGCCUCCCUCUCUAAACUCAACUCUUUCUAGCUGUUUACUAAUAUCUAAAUCCACAAGUAAUCGACGCAAGUAUUUGUAUUCAAGAAAAAAACACAAAAUUUUCACAAUUCCACCUGACAAAAGAAAGCGUUCAAAAUUUAUUUCAUUCAGUAUUAACACAAAUUCAUAACUUCAAAUGACCAAUACACUUCACUACUACAGCCAAAUUCCACAACAUUGAGAAUCUUGAUGGGAAAUUCAGAUGGUUUGUUAGAGAGACUGGUAUGUCGUUUCUGCUACUUCCAAGUUAAUACGUUCAAUAAUAGGCAUUGAGAAUUCUUUUGAUCUUGUGGGGUCUUCCAAAAGCUGGCGGGGAACUAUAGUCUUCCUUUAUGGAGCGCUUCAACACAAUCUUAUAGCUAUGGAGUUCUCAUGUUCAGGGUCUUGCUAAGCUUUUCUUGAAGCAGCAAGAGAAGCUAAUUUCAAUGGUAUUUUUAGUCAAGAUAACUGCUGGCUUUGCUUCUGGGAGGAUGAAAAAUUAGGCUCACAUGAAAAAGAAGAAAAGCUCAUCAUUAAUAAAUAACAAAAACUAUUAUGGGUCACAGAUGGGAUGGGACAAAUCAAGCCUUGAUCUUUGGGGCAUUUUCAGACAAGUAUCUACCUCAGUCCAUUGGUAAAGAGUUUCAAAAAAAUCAUAACUCAACAACAAUCCAGCUCAAGUUGCUUGAAGGAGCUGGCCAUAUGGCCCAAGAAGACUGGCACGAGAAGGUCGUCAUCGAGGCUCUGCGGUCGUUUUCCUGAAACUUUACACGGGAAUUUGCAUUGCCAUCUCAAGAUUCCUGGAAACUGGAGGAUAUAAUUAGGAGGAAAAAUACACUAUAGGGGCGUCCAUUUCAAGGGAAUCUUAGGUGCAUACAUCAACUUCUUUAAUUCCUUUCUAAUUUGUCCAAUUAACUUCUCUCUCUGCUAAGUUAAUCUCUGUACUUUUCUACAACCCCCCCACUGUCCUUGAUUUUCUCAUCCAUCUAUUCUAAGCCAUCUUCUUUGUUGAAUAUUCUAAUUCCUUCCAACCAUAGUGAAUUAUCUAGGUUUUAA